AUGCUGGCACCUAAGAAAAUGGUCAGAGGAAAUUCCGCCUUGGUGACUGAAUUUGUUUUCUUGGGAUUAACGGAUGAUCCAGAUCUUCAGCCCAUCCUCUUUGUGCUGUUUCUGGGGAUCUAUUUGAUCACGGUGUGCGGGAACCUUGUGAUGUUGGUGUUGAUCAGGAUAUAUUCUCGCCUCCACACCCCUAUGUACUUCUUUCUUGCCAAUUUGUUCUGCUUGGAUUUGUGCUAUUCUGCUAAUGUGACCCCCAAGAUGUUGAUAAACUUCUUAUCAGAAAAAACCAUUUCCUACACAGCAUGUUUAAUCCAGUGUUAUUUUUUCAUUGCCAUGGUAAUUACUGAGUAUUACAUGCUAGCUGUAAUGGCUUAUGAUAGGUACAUGGCCAUCUGUAAUCCUUUGCUUUAUAGCAGUAAGAUGUCCAAAGGGGUCUGUAUCUGCCUGAUUGCUGGUCCAUAUGUCUAUGGGUUCCUUAGUAGCCUGAUGGAAACCAUGUGGACCUACUGCUUGACCUUCUGUGGCUCCAACGUCAUUAAUCACUUCUACUGUGCUGACCCACCCCUCAUCUGACUCUCAUGCUCUGACACCUUCAUUAAGGAGGAAAUUAUGAGAAGAAACUACACUUCGCUGGCUGAAUUCAUUCUCCUGGGACUGACCAGCCGCCUGGAAUUGCAGGUCCUCUUCUUUGUGCUGUUUCUGGGCAUUUACAUGGUCACAGUGGCAGGGAAUCUUGGCAUGAUUGUCCUCAUCCGGGUCAAUGUCCGCCUCCACACACCCAUGUACUUUUUCCUCAGCCACUUAUCCUUUGUGGACCUGUGCUUCUCUUCCAACGUGACCCCCAAGAUGCUGGGGAUCUUCUUAGCAGAGAGGAAAACCAUUUCCUAUCCUGCUUGUCUGGUGCAGUGCUACUUUUUUAUUGCCUUGGUCCACGUGGAGAUCUACAUCCUGGCUGUGAUGGCCUUUGAUCGGUACAUGGCCAUCUGCAACCCUCUGCUUUAUGGCAGCAGGAUGUCCAAGGGUGUGUGCACGUCCCUCGUCAUGGUGCCUUAUGUGUAUGGAGCACUGACUGGCCUGAUGGAGACCAUGUGGACCUAUAGCCUAGUCUUCUGUGGCCCCAAUGAAAUUAACCACUUCUAUUGUGCUGACCCACCGCUGAUUAAACUGGCUUGUUCAGACACCUACAACAAAGAGUUGUCAAUGUUUGUGGUGGCUGGUUUUAAUUUCACCUAUUCUCUCCUUAUCAUCCUCAUUUCCUACAUCUACAUAUUUCCUGCUAUCCUGAGGGUCCGUUCCACAGAAGGAAGGCGCAAAGCUCUCUCUACCUGUGGCUCCCAUCUGACAGCCGUCACCAUAUUCUACGUAGCUCUUUUCUUCAUGUACCUCAGGCCUCCUUCAGAGGAGUCCGUGGAACAGGGGAAAAUAAUGGCUGUGUUUUAUACCACAGUGACUCCCAUGCUGAAUCCCAUGAUCUACAGUCUAAGGAACAAGGAUGUGAAAGAAGCUUUGAUCAAAGAACUGCUCAACAGGAGACUGUUUUCUAAAUAA